AUGGAUAAAAAACAGGAAAAGAAAAUUAACCGGAAAAAGGAAAAAGAGAAGGAGCAGGAAAAUGCGCACAGUUACUUUUCGGACACUGUGACGUUCUGUGGCACGCUGGUCCGGGAUUCCAUGGCCAGCGCAGCGGAGGCUAUACAGAAUAACUAUUACCCGAUUAAGGAGUCCAUUCUGAAUAUCUACGACAGUUACUUUUGCGAUAAUUCUCAACACAGCAGUAGGAGGGUGAAUGGCGGUGUCCCUUUCUUCACCGUCCAUCAGGACAGUUCAAGGAAGAAGUAG